AUGGUAAUGCAAAUGUUUAUGCAGGUAUAUGAUGAGAUUCAGAUGUUUCUGCUCGAAGAACUGAAACUUAAGUUCGACAUGGAUCCGAAUCGAGUCAGAUACCUCCGGAAAAUGAUGGACACCACAUGCUUGGGCGGCAAAUACAACCGUGGCCUGACGGUGAUCGAUGUGGCCGAGUCCCUUCUUUCCCUAAGCCCAAACAACAACGGUGAAAAAGACGAUGGGGCAAGGCGGAAACGUGUUCUACACGAUGCGUGUGUUUGUGGUUGGAUGAUUGAGUUCCUUCAGGCCCAUUACUUGGUGGAAGAUGACAUUAUGGACAACAGCGUCACGCGGCGUGGUAAGCCAUGCUGGUACCGUCACCCAGGCGUCACGGUGCAGUGUGCUAUAAAUGACGGUCUGCUAUUGAAGUCGUGGACUCACAUGAUGGCGAUGCACUUCUUUGCAGACCGUCCUUUUUUGCAGGAUUUGCUCUGUCGUUUCAACAGAGUGGAUUACACCACAGCUGUCGGGCAGUUAUACGAUGUGACGUCAAUGUUUGACUCAAACAAACUCGAUCCCGACGUAUCGCAGCCCACUACGACAGAUUUCGCGGAGUUCACCCUUUCCAAUUACAAGCGGAUUGUGAAGUACAAGACAGCUUAUUACACUUACCUUCUACCACUAGUUAUGGGGCUUAUUGUUAGUGAGGCUCUUCCCACCGUUGACAUGGGCGUUACGGAAGAGUUGGCCAUGCUUAUGGGCGAAUACUUUCAGGUGCAGGACGACGUCAUGGAUUGUUUUACACCACCCGAGCGGCUAGGAAAAGUUGGAACUGACAUUCAGGAUGCAAAGUGUUCUUGGUUGGCCGUAACAUUUCUCGCAAAAGCGAGCAGUGCGCAGAUUGCUGAGUUCAAAGCAAACUACGGCAGUGGAGACUCGGAGAAGGUGGCCACAGUGAGGCGGCUCUAUGAGGAAGCGGAUCUGCAGGAGGAUUAUGUAGCCUACGAGGCUGCGGUGGCAGAGCAGGUGAAGGAGCUUAUUGAGAAACUGAGGCUUUGCUCACCAGGAUUUGCUGCCAGCGUAGAAACUCUGUGGGGAAAGACUUACAAGCGCCAGAAGUGA